AUGGACAGAUCACCUAUAAAGGAGAUAACAGAUAGUAUCGUUGAUCUGGUGUCUAAACACAAUGGCAAUAACAGCAUCAUCACCGCCAUCGCCGAGGUCUGUGUGCAGCAGAGGCCCAGCGCCAGCCAGACAGGUAUGAUUCACACACACACACGCACACACACACACACAGCCAUGCGGGUACAAAACACACAUUUACAUUUUACAUUUUAGUCAUUUAGCAGACACUCUUAUCCAGAGCGACUUACAGUUAGUGCAUUCAUAUUAAGAUAGCUAGGUGGGACAACCACAUAUCACAGUCACAGUUAGAGCAUUCAUCUUAAGAUAGCUAGGUGGGACAACCACAUAUCACAGUCACAGUUAGAGCAUUCAUAUUAAGAUAGCUAGGUGGGACAACCACAUAUCACAGUCACAGUUAGUGCAUUCAUCUUAAGAUAGCUAGGUGGGACAACCACAUAUCACAGUCACAGUUAGAGCAUUCAUCUUAAGAUAGCUAGGUGGGACAACCACAUAUCACAGUCACAGUUAGAGCAUUCAUCUUAAGAUAGCUAGGUGGGACAACCACAUAUCACAGGUCACAGUUAGAGCUCAAGCUUAAGAUACUAGGUGGGACAACCACACUCACGUAGCACAGUUUAGAGCAUUCAUAUUAAGAUAGCUGGUGGACAAACCACAUAUCACCAGUUAGAGCAUUCAUCUUAAGAUAGCUAGGUGAGCGACAACCACCAUAUCCCAGUUAGAGCAUUCAUCUUAAGAUAGCUAGGUGGGACAACACAUAUCACAGGUCCACAGUUAGAGCAUUCAUCUUAAGAUUCGCUAGGUGGGACAACCAGCUAUUCACAGUCCCACAGUUAGCGCCUUCCAUCAUUAAAAAUAGCUAGGUGGGACAACCACAUAUCACAAGUUCACAGUUAAAAGCAUUCAUCCCGGUUUAUAUAACAGGCAGUGCGAUAGAUCUAGAAGGAUGAGAACAGAGGAGAGAGAGAGUCAGCUUUGCAGUGCGGAGAGCCUCUGUGACACAGAGGAGCAGUCUUGGUUGAAUGACCCGUCUUCAAGCCUGACUGGUUAGGGUUAAGAAGAUGGUUCUGAGAGAUAGCGAGAGAGUUGAUCAGAGACGGCACGCUCAAGUGUUUUGGAAAGGAAAGAAAGAAGGGAUACAGGUCUGUAGUUCUUUAUGUCAGAUGAGUCGAGUGUUGGUUUCUUGAGGAGGGGAGUGACUCGGACCAUUUUGAAGUCAGAGGGGACGCAGCCAAUGGGAGAAGGUCUCCAGAGAUGGUCUGGAGAAGGGAGGGGGGGAUGGGGUCGAGCGGGCAGGUUGUCGGGCGGUCAGACCUCACUAGUCGCAGGAUGUCAUCUGGAGAGAGGGGAGAAAGAGGUCAAGGCGUAGGGUAGUUCUGUGUGAAGUGGGAGCAGUGGACUCAAUAGGCUGGGUGAAUGAGUAGCGGAUGUCGUCAAAGUGGUUGACAAAGUCGUCCGCAGAGGGGGAGGAUUAAGGAGGGAGGAGAAGGUGGAAAAUAGUUUCCUAGGGUUAGAGGCAGAAGCUUGACAUUUAGAGUGAUAGAAAGUGGCUUUAGCAGGGGAUACAGAGGAAGAGAAGGUAGAGAGGAGGAAGGGAAAGGAUGAUAGGUCCUCCAGAAGUUUAGUUUUCCUCCAUUUUUGCUCAGCUGCCCGCUGCCAUGUUCUGUAAACUCACAAUGAGUCACUCAGCCACAGGAGGGGAGUGCCGAGCCGGCUGGGAGGAAAGGGGACAGUGUGAGUCAUAGAAUGCGGAAAGGGAGGAGAGUAGUGUCGAAGAGGCAGAAUCAGGAGACAGGAGGGGAGAAGGAUUUAGCAGAAGAGAGAGAUGAUAGAAGAGGAGAGGGGAGAGAGAGUGACGAUGACCAUCUGGGUCGGGGCUGAGUGGUGAUGGAGGAAAGGGAGACAGAAAAGGAAACAAAGUAGUGGUCAGAGACCUGGAGGGGGGUUGCAGUGAGAUUAGUAGGAGAACAGCCUCUAGUAAAGAUGAGGUCAAGAGUAUUGCCUGCCUUGUGAGUUGGAGGGGAUUGUGAAAGGGUGAGGUCAAAAGAGGCAAGGAGGGGAAAGAGAGAGUUGUAAAGAAAUGAAUCGAAGGCAGACGUCGGGAGGUUGAAGUCGCCAAGUACGAAGAGCGGUCAGCCAUCAUCUGGAAAUGUGUUUAUCAAGGUGUCAAGCUCAUUGAGGAACUCUUCAAGGGCACCUGGUGAGCGAAUGAUGACAACAAUGUUAAGCUUCAGUGGACAAGUGACAGUGACAGUAUGGAAUUAAAAUGAGGAGAUGGAGAGGUGAGAGAGGGAGAAAAGAGAAUCUCCACUUAGGAGAAAUGAGUAGACCUGUGCCACCCCCGCGACGACCAAAUGCUCUCGGACUAUGAGAGAACACAUGAAGAGAGAGCAGCUGGAGUAGCAGUGUUCUCUGGGGGGAUCCCAUGUCUCCGUCAGGGCCAAAAAGUCAAGGGACUGAAGGGCAUCAUAGGCUGAGAUUAACUCAGCGUUCUUGACCGCGGAUCGGCAGUUCCAAACGCUGCCAGAGACCCAGAAUUCCACAUGGGUUGUGCGCGCAGGGUCCACUAAAUUAGAAAGGUUUGCAGCCAAGGGGUGGGGAGCGUCUGUAAAGCAUACAGGGAGAGGAGCCAACAGGUAUAGAAAACACACACAUAGUUGCCAAAAGCUACAAAAGAGCAAAAUGAGAAUCAGAAAAUAACGAGGUAAGAUACUGAGAGUGGUGUGGAGCCUUCCUCUUUUUCCUUCCUCCAAAAACUCGGCAGGACAGUCUUUGUUUCAGCGACGGUCUUAGUUUUGCGACCAAAACCGCCACUGACACGACCGCCGCUUACAGCUGCCACUGAGAAACACACACUACUACCUCUACCACACAUACAGAAACACACACUACUACCUCUACCACACAUACAGAAACACACACUACUACCUCUACCACACAUACAGAAACACACACAGCCAAACCGGUUUCCUACACACUGCCUUUCUGUUGUUUAUGAUCAGGCUUCUCUCUCUCUCUCUCUCUCUCUCUCUCUCUCUCGCUCUCUCUCUCUCUCUCUCUCUCUCUGUCUCUGUCUCUUUCUCUCUGUGUGUGUAGUGUAAAGGAAGGAAGGAAGAGAUGAGGGAGAGGUUAAUAAGAGAUCUGUAAAAUAUAGCUAGCCCUGAAACACUGAGGAACUGUCCUGAGUUCUAACCUUCUACACGUUCAUGGAAAAACCAAAUCUCAAUCUGUCCAGGCUGUACCCCAGAUGGCACCCUAUCUCCUAUGAAGUGCACUACUUUAGACCAGAGAAUGGCACCCUAUCCCCUAUGAAGUGCACUACUUUAGACCAGAGAAUGGCACCCUAUCCCCUAUGAAGUGCACUACUUUAGACCAGAGAAUGGCACCCUAUCCCCUAUGAAGUGCACUACUUUAGACCAGAGAAUGGCACCCUAUCCCCUAUGAAGUGCACUACUUUAGACCAGAGAAUGGCACCCUAUCCCCUAUGAAGUGCACUACUUUAGACCAGAGAAUGGCACCCUAUCCCCUAUGAAGUGCACUACUUUAGACCAGAGAAUGGCACCCUAUCCCCUAUGAAGUGCACUACUUUAGACCAGAGAAUGGCACCCUAUCUCCUAUGAAGUGCACUACUUUAGACCAGAGAAUGGCACCCUAUCCCCUAUGAAGUGCACUACUUUAGACCAGAGAAUGGCACCCUAUCCCCUAUGAAGUGCACUACUUUAGACCAGAGAAUGGCACCCUAUCUCCUAUGAAGUGCACUACUUUAGACCAGAGAAUGGCACCCUAUCCCCUAUGAAGUGCACUACUUUAGACCAGAGAAUGGCACCCUAUCUCCUAUGAAGUGCACUACUUUAGACCAGAGAAUGGCACCCUAUCUCCUAUGAAGUGCACUACUUUUGACCCGGGCCCAUAGGUCCAGUCCAGUUCUCUCUAUCAGUCACAUGAGAGCUGUAAUGCAAUGCAGGUCUAACAGCCUUGAGCUGUAGCCAGGGGGUUUUGGAACUUGGCUAGGAGUGGAGAAAUGGGGAUGGAGUCAGGGAGAGGAGGACUUGGCUAGGAGUGGAGAAAUGGGGAUGGAGUCAGGGAGAGGAGGACUUGGCUAGGAGUGGAGAAAUGGGGAUGGAGUCAGGGAGAGGAGGACUUGGCUAGGAGUGGAGAAAUGGGGAUGGAGUCAGGGAGAGGAGGACUUGGCUAGGAGUGGAGAAAUGGGGAUGGAGUCAGGGAGAGGAGGACUUGGCUAGGAGUGGAGAAAUGGGGAUGGAGUCAGGGAGAGGAGGACUUGGCUAGGAGUGGAGAAAUGGGGAUGGAGUCAGGGAGAGGAGGACUUGGCUAGGAGUGGAGAAAUGGGGAUGGAGUCAGGGAGAGGAGGACUUGGCUAGGAGUGGAGAAAUGGGGAUGGAGUCAGGGAGAGGAGGACGGGAGGCUGCAGACAAAUGGACGUUGUAGUGAGACUCAUGUUGCAGACAGAGGAGCGAGACUCCUGUAUUUAAAGGUGAUUCAUCAUCGUGACAGACAGCCCUUCUCUGUUGCUGCCAGAUGGAAGUUUCUCCUCCUGUCCUCUACCCCUUCUAGGGGUUAUUAGGGGCUCACAGGACAUGUUGUUCCUCUCCUCCUCUUCCUCCUCCUCCUCUUCCUCCUCCAGGUUGCUCUGAAGGGAGGGAACACAAUAGAAUAAAUAUGAAUGAAUAAUUUUUUUCACGAUCGUUGAUUGAUACGUUUUUGGGGAGCAAACGCACCAUUACAUUUUCCUACUGGCUUACCAACAAUUUGGCAAAAGGUAGUGUCUUACCUUUGGUAGGAGUAAACAGUAUUUUAUAUUGAUGUUCGUAACCUUUGGUAGGAGUAAACAGUCUUUAUAUUGAUGUUCGUAACCUUUGGUAGGAUUAAACAGUCUUUAUGUAGAUGUUCGUAACCUUUGGUAGGAGUAAACAGUGUUGAUGUUCGUAACCUUUGGUAGGAGUAAACAGUGUUGAUGUUCGUAACCUUUGGUAGGAGUAAACAGUGUUGAUGUUCGUAACCUUUGGUAGGAGUAAACAGUCUUCAUGUUGAUGUCCGUAACCUUUGGUAGGAGUAAACAGUGUUGAUGUCCGUAACCUUUGGUAGGAGUAAACAGUGUUGAUGUUCGUAACCUUUGGUAGGAGUAAACAGUAUUUAUGUUGAUGUUCGUAACCUUUGGUAGGAGUAAACAGUCUUUAUAUUGAUGUUCGUAACCUUUGGUAGGAGUAAACAGUGUUGAUGUUCGUAACCUUUGGUAGGAGUAAACAGUUUGUUGAUGUUCGUAACCUUUGGUAGGAGUAAACAGUCUUUAUGUUGAUGUCCGUAACCUUUGGUAGGAGUAAACAGUUUGUUGAUGUUCGUAACCUUUGGUAGGAGUAAACAGUCUUGAUGUUCGUAACCUUUGGUAGGAGUAAACAGUCUUUAUGUAGAUGUUCGUAACCUUUGGUAGGAGUAAACAGUGUUGAUGUUCGUAACCUUUGGUAGGAGUAAACAGUGUUGAUGUUCGUAACCUUUGGUAGGAGUAAACAGUCUUUAUGUAGAUGUUCGUAACCUUUGGUAGGAGUAAACAGUCUUUAUGUAGAUGUUCGUAACCUUUGGUAGGAGUAAACAGUGUUGAUGUUCGUAACCUUUGGUAGGAGUAAACAGUGUUGAUUUUCGUAACCUUUGGUAGGAGUAAACAGUGUUGAUGUUCGUAACCUUUGGUAGGAGUAAACAGUCUUUAUGUAGAUGUUCGUAACCUUUGGUAGGAGUAAACAGUCUUUAUGUAGAUGUUCGUAACCUUUGGUAGGAGUAAACAGUUUGUUGAUGUUCGUAACCUUUGGUAGGAGUAAACAGUUUGUUGAUGUUCGUAACCUUUGGUAGGAGUAAACAGUGUUGAUGUUCGUAACCUUUGGUAGGAGUAAACAGUGUUGAUGUUCGUAACCUUUGGUAGGAGUAAACAGUGUUGAUGUUCGUAACCUUUGGUAGGAGUAAACAGUUUGUUGAUGUUCGUAACCUUUGGUAGGAGUAAACAGUCUUUAUGUAGAUGUUCGUAACCUUUGGUAGGAGUAAACAGUCUUAUGUAGAUGUUCGUAACCUUUGGUAGAGUAAACAGUGUUGAUGUUCGUAACCUUUGGUAGGAGUAAACAGUCUUUAUGUAGAUGUUCGUAACCUUUGGUAGGAGUAAACAGUCUUUAUGUAGAUGUUCGUAACCUUUGGUAGGAGUAAACAGUGUUGAUGUUCGUAACCUUUGGUAGGAGUAAACAGUGUUGAUGUUCGUAACCUUUGGUAGGAGUAAACAGUGUUGAUGUUCGUAACCUUUGGUAGGAGUAAACAGUCUUUAUGUUGAUGUUCGUAACCUUUGGUAGGAGUAAACAGUGUUGAUGUUCGUAACCUUUGGUAGGAGUAAACAGUGUUGAUGUUUCGUAACCUUUGGUAGGAGUAAACAGUGUUGAUGUUCGUAACCUUUGGUAGGAGUAAACAGUGUUGAUGUUCGUAACCUUUGGUAGGAGUAAACAGUGUUGAUGUUCGUAACCUUUUGGUAGGAGUAAACAGUGUUGAUGUUCGUAACCUUUGGUAGGAGUAAACAGUGUUGAUGUUCGUAACCUUUGGUAGGAGUAAACAGUCUUUAUGUUGAUGUUCGUAACCUUUGGUAGGAGUAAACAGUGUUGAUGUUCGUAACCUUUGGUAGGAGUAAACAGUCUUUAUGUUGAUGUUCGUAACCUUUGGUAGGAGUAAACAGUCUUUAUGUUGAUGUUCGUAACCUUUGGUAGGAGUAAACAGUGUUGAUGUUCGUAACCUUUGGUAGGAGUAAACAGUGUAGAUGUUCGUAACCUUUGGUAGGAGUAAACAGUGUUGAUGUUCGUAACCUUUGGUAGGAGUAAACAGUGUUGAUGUUCGUAACCUUUGGUAGGAGUAAACAGUCUUUAUGUUGAUGUUUCGUAACCUUUGGUAGGAGUAAACAGUCUUUAUGUUGAUGUUCGUAACCUUUGGUAGGAGUAAACAGUGUUGAUGUUCGUAAACCUUUGGUAGGAGUAAACAGUGUAGAUGUUCGUAACCUUUGGUAGGAGUAAACAGUUGUAGAUGUUCGUAACCUUUGGUAGGAGUAAACAGUGUUGAUGUUCGUAACCUUUGGUAGGAGUAAACAGUGUUUGAUGUUCGUAACCUUUGGUAGGAGUAAACAGUGUUGAUGUUCGUAACCUUUGGUAGGAGUAAACAGUGUUGAUGUUCGUAACCUUUGGUAGGAGUAAACAGUGUUGAUGUUCGUAACCUUUGGUAGGAGUAAACAGUGUUGAGGUGUUCGUAACCUUGGUAUGAGUAAACAGUGUUGAUGUUCGUAACCUUUGGUAGGAGUAAACAGUGUUGAUUUUCGUAACCUUUGGUAGGAGUAAACAUGUUGAUGUUCGUAACCUUUGGUAGGAGUAAACAGUGUUGAUGUUCGUAACCUUUGGGUAGGAGUAAACAGUGUUGAUGUUCGUAACCUUUGGUAGGCGUAAACAUCUUAUGUAGAUGUUCGUAACCUUUGGUAGGCGUAAACAGUCUUUAUGUUGAUGUUCGUAACCUUUGGUAGGCGUAAACAGUCUUUAUGUUGAUGUUCGUAACCUUUGGUAGGAGUAAACAGUGUUGAUGUUCGUAACCUUUGGUAGGAGUAAACAGUCUUUAUGUUGAUGUUCGUAACCUUUGGUAGGAGUAAACAGUGUUGAUGUUCGUAACCUUUGGUAGGAGUAAACAGUGUUGAUGUUGAUGUUCGUAACCUUUGGUAGGAGUAAACAGUGUUGAUGUUCGUAACCUUUGGUAGGAGUAAACAGUCUUUAUGUUGAUGUUCGUAACCUUUGGUAGGAGUAAACAGUCUUUAUGUUGAUGUUCGUAACCUUUGGUAGGAGUAAACAGUGUUGAUGUUCGUAACCUUUGGUAGGAGUAAACAGUGUAGAUGUUCGUAACCUUUGGUAGGAGUAAACAGUGUAGAUGUUCGUAACCUUUGGUAGGAGUAAACAGUGUUGAUGUUCGUAACCUUUGGUAGGAGUAAACAGUGUUGAUGUUCGUAACCUUUGGUAGGAGUAAACAGUGUUGAUGUUCGUAACCUUUGGUAAGGAGUAAACAGUGUUGAUGUUCGUAACCUUUGGUAGGAGUAAACAGUGUUGAUGUUCGUAACCUUUGGUAGGAGUAAACAGUGUUGAUGUUCGUAACCUUUGGUAGGAGUAAACAGUGUUGAUGUUCGUAACCUUUGGUAGGAGUAAACAGUGUUGAUGUUUCGUAACCUUGGUAGGAGUAAACAGUGUUGAUGGUUCGUAACCUUUGGUAGGAGUAAACAGUGUUGAUGUUCGUAACCUUUGGUAGAGUAAACAUCUUUAUGUUGAUGUUCGUAACCUUUGGUAGGAGUAAACAGUGUUGAUGUUCGUAACCUUUGGUAGGCGUAAACAGUCUUUAUGUAGAUGUUCGUAACCUUUGGUAGGCGUAAACAGUCUUUAUGUUGAUGUUCGUAACCUUUGGUAGGCGUAAACAGUCUUUAUGUUGAUGUUCGUAACCUUUGGUAGGAGUAAACAGUGUUGAUGUUCGUAACCUUUGGUAGGAGUAAACAGUCUUUAUGUUGAUGUUCGUAACCUUUGGUAGGAGUAAACAGUGUUGAUGUUCGUAACCUUUGGUAGGAGUAAACAGUGUUGAUGUUGAUGUUCGUAACCUUUGGUAGGAGUAAACAGUCUUUAUGUUGAUGUUCGUAACCUUUGGUAGGAGUAAACAGUGUUGAUGUUCGUAACCUUUGGUAGGAGUAAACAGUGUUGAUGUUCGUAACCUUUGGUAGGAGUAAACAGUGUUGAUGUUCGUAACCUUUGGUAGGAGUAAACAGUUUGAUGUUCGUAACCUUUGGUAGGAGUAAACAGUGUUGAUGUUCGUAACCUUUGGUAGGAGUAAACAGUUUGAUGUUUAACACUUGAGGGACCUCAAGUUACAUUACUUCUAUAUUUCAGGAGAGACUCAAUUGUAGUCUUUAACAAUGAAAUGGUUGAUGAAUUCCUGUUUCUCUCCUCUCCAGACUACCUUGUGCCCCUGCUGUCCUCUGUCUUCAUUCUCUUCUGGAUCCUGGCGUUCGUCUCAGUUUUCCUGUACUGCGUGCGUCGCCGUCGGAAACAUGGCAAUCACCAUGGAAACGGAGCCUUGUCGUCCGCGGCGAUGGAUGACAACACAACCAACAACGUGCGUGAGCAGCUCAACCAGAUCAAGAACCCCAUCAACGAGAAACACGCUGGAGGCGGCGGCGGCCAUCUCACAACAUCGGUGGCCAUCAAGGACUACGAGGAUAAGAACUCGAUUAUCGCCAAGGUACGAACACACCACCGCCCCCUAGAGGGGGAGGAGGACAACGACGAAGAGAGACAGAUGGGGAAUAAAGGAAGCUUCUCAGUUACAACCAAACAGCCUGCCUACACACUGGUGGAGCGGGAGGACCGGGGGACCACGCUGCAGCCCAGCUCCAAGCACCCUAACUGGACUAAUAAACAGGACAACAGGGUCCUGGAGACGGCACACAGCAUCAACAGGAUGGACUACAUCGUAUAG